AUGGCUGUGGCCGGAGGGCCCUGGACACCCAGCGCCCUGGUUGCCAGGCAACAGAAGCUGGCGGUGGCAGACCCUCCUGCCAGCCCUGGGCUCGGUGUGUGGCCCCUGGGCACCCCCUGGGCAUGGGCAGGGCCGGCACUUCCUGAGGGGCCCCUCUGCCGCCAGGGCUUCUCGGACCAGGAGUACCGCCAGCGCCGGAGGCUGAUCGCCGAGAUAGCCUUCCAGUACCGCCACGGCGACCCUAUUCCCCGUGUGGAGUACACGGCUGAGGAGAUCGCCACCUGGAAGGCGGUGUACACCACCCUCAAGGGCCUGUACGCCACGCACGCCUGCCGGGAGCACCUGGAGGCCUUCGAGCUGCUGGAGCGCUUCUGUGGGUACCAGGAGGACAGCAUCCCGCAGCUGGAGGCCGUCUCCCGCUUCCUCAAGGGUGCGCUGGGCGGGGGGGUGCAGGACUGCUGCCAUGAGCUGCUGGGGCACGUGCCCAUGCUGGCCAACCGGACCUUUGCCCAGUUCUCCCAGGUGUGUCCUGCAGCCUCGGCCAGAAGCCGGGACCGCGGAGGGGCAGGCCUGGGGCUGGGGGCCGCUUGGGUCAAGAGCCGUCAGGGAGACCGUGUCAUCCUGACCCAGAGCCUGCCCAGCACCCCGCCUACCAGCACCCAGCUUGCCCAGCACCCUGGCUACCAGCACCCCGCCUGCCCAGCAUCCCGCCUACCAGCACCCAGCCUGCCCAGCACCCCGCCUACCAGCACCCCGCCAGCCAGCACCCUGCCUGCCAGCCUGUACCUGCCUCACUCCAGCCCGGGAGGCCCUCACUCUGACAGCUCUGAGCCCCAGAGACCCCUGGGAAGAGCUGGUGACCGGCCUCCCUCCCUCCGGCCUAACUGA